AUGGAUUACGCCGAAGAUGCUAUUAAAGCAUCUACUAGAGCUGUGGAGUGUGACACGAAAGGUGAAUACAGGCUAGCUGUUUACUAUUAUAAGCAAGCCAUGAAGCUUUUGGAAUUGGCUUACAAAGAAGAACCGGAUCAUCCUGAUGCAGUAACUUGGUGUAAAAAAACUCACGAAUAUGCAGACCGUUCACAUUUUCUACAGUAUCAAAUUGAUUCUGAGAUCAUCAAACGUAGUAAAAGUGUAGAAGAGUCCAAGAAUUUGAUUCAAUUGAAGCAGUGUCAUUUUUUAUUGAAACAAGCGUUGGAUGCUGAUGAAUCUGGGCUGAAAGAAUCGGCGCUUGAAUUGUACACUAGAGCUGUUGAUUUGGCCAUCAGUACGAAAAAGGAAAUCGAUGAUCAAGAAAUGGUAACUAAGUUGAAGAAAAUUGCUUGCCAAGCUUUAGAAAGAGCAGAACAGUUGAAAGAAGAAGUUAAGAAAGUUACAGUCGUCCCUCAAAAUAGGGAACCUUCUACCCCCAAAUCAGAAAAAGUCAGCCACUCCGUUUUACAUCGAGGAAACAGUGUUCAACUCAAAGUAUCUGGUAAUGAUACUUACUCCGAAGAAGAGAAAAGAGUUUUGCUGGCAACUUCAAGAAUCAACAGACACGAAUUUGUUCCUUUCAUGACUAUAGAUUUGGACGAGAGAUUUCAAUAUGCGAUUCCUUUCACUGAUAAAGAUGGUUUAUUAAUUUUAUCUCCAAAUCAGAAGCAGCAUUUCCAACGGUGGGCUCGACCUCAUGAGUUUUGCGCCGAUCCAAAAAUGGUUGUGAAUAAACAUGUUAAUUAUCUAACUAUCAAACAAACUAUUGUUUCAGAUUGCUCAUUUGUAGCAUCUCUUGCUGUGGCUGCUCAAUACGAACAAAAAUUUGAUCGCAGAAUCGUAACAAGUAUUAUUUUCCCUAAAAAAAGAACCUCCGAACCAGUAUAUAAUCCUUUUGGUAAAUAUAUGGUGAAAUUUCAUUUGAAUGGGAUUUCUCGUAAAGUGAUAAUCGAUGAUCAGUUACCAUUGGGGAAACAUAAUGAACUGCUUUGUUCUUAUUCGACGAAUGAUAACGAAAUUUGGAUAUCUUUAUUGGAGAAAGCUUACAUGAAAGUUAUGGGAGGAUACAAUUUUCCAGGUUCCAAUAGUAAUAUAGAUCUGCAUGCGUUGACUGGGUGGAUUCCUGAACGAUGUGCGAUUAGAACACAAGACCCUGAUUUUAAUUCCGAAGCGCUAUUCAACAUUUUACUUACGAGGUUGCACAAAGGCGAUGUCUUGGUAACCGUUGCAACAGGUGAAUUGUCACCAGCAGAUGAAAAUCGUACCGGACUUGUUCCUACGCACGCAUACGCAGUUCUAGAUGUUCGGAAAGUCAAGAAUUAUCGGCUGCUCAAACUGAAAAAUCCUUGGUCCCAUAUUCGCUGGCGCGGUAAUUUUUCCGAAUUGGAUUUAUCGCAUUGGACCGAUGAUCUCAAACAAGCUUUAGAUUUUGAUCCAUAUAGCGCUUCAACUUUUGACAAUGGGAUUUUCUGGAUAGAUUACGAUUCCGUGCUGCGAUUUUUUGACGUAUUUUAUAUGAAUUGGAAUCCCGAAUUGUUCAGCCAUACAUUUUGUAUUCACCAAUCUUGGUCAGCUGGACGUGGACCAGUUAAAGAUAACUAUAACAUCAGUGAAAAUCCUCAGUUCCUUUUAGACGUUCAAAAUGCCAAAUCAGGAGCUGUUUGGAUAUUAUUAACGAGACAUAUCACUGAACUGGAAGAUUUCAAAGAUAACAGAGAAUACAUUACCGUAAUGGUGUAUAAAAAUGAUGGGAAAAAAGUAUAUUAUCCAAAUGAUCCAGAACCAUUCAUUACUGGAAUAAGAAUCAACAGUCCGCAUUAUCUCUGUAAGAUAGUACUCGGUGAAAAUAGUCCUAGAUUCUUCACUUUGGUGGUUUCACAAUACGAAAAAAUGAACACCAUCUAUUAUACUCUUCGUGUUUAUUCAACUUGCCCUUUUGUACUUGAUAAAUUUCCAAAUUAUUAUAAAUAUGAACAAAAAAUAAAAGACGGCCAAUGGGCAGGAAUAUCGGCUGGUGGAUGUAGAAAUCAUCCUGCGACAUACGAUAACAAUCCCAUCUACCAAGUGGAUUUGAGUUCUAAUCACGAUAAUAAUUAUCUCAUAUUCGAUUUGAAGGGACCAAAACAAUAUCAGCUUGGUUUAGAGGUGUCAAUCGUUAAACUAUACGAUGAAAACGCUACAGCGAAAUUCAAACGGGUUUCAUCCGGAGAUUAUAGGCCUGGUUUCGUUGUACUCGAGGUGAAGGAAGCUCAACCUGGUCUAUAUAAUGUAAUUCCAUCAACGUAUCUGCCUCAACAAGAAGGACCAUUCAUAUUAACUGUGAAGUCUUCUAGUCCUGUUACUAUAUCGAGGAUGAAAUAAAGAAAUCUAUUAGCUUAACGAUCUCAUUAACAAAAAAAAAAAAAAAAACUGCAUUAAUAUUAUGUAUUUUCAAA